GGACAAACACCUCACAUUCCUUCACCUUUGCUUCUUCCUUUCAAUCAUCGUCCCGGGCGUUAUUCAGCCAUUCAACUGAGGUCUAUCUUAUUAUUAUUUCCUGAAAAUGCCUGGAACACAAGACCGCACGAACGAGUUCCGUGCCUGCGUCGAGUCCAUUCGGAACCGGUCCUCGCUCCCUGCACGGACGGUGGAGAAACAGCGGCUACUGCAGCAAGGGAGAGGUGAUAAUGCGAGUGAGUUCUCGCGCAUGGCCAAGGUCAUUGCCAAAGACAUCAGCACAACAUCGACGAAGCUGGGGAAGCUGGCACAACUGGCGAAACGAAAAACGUUGUUCGAUGACCGACCUGUGGAGAUUAGCGAACUUACGUUCAUAAUCAAGCAAGAUAUCGCGAACAUCAACAAGCAGAUUGCUUCCUUGCAAGCCUACACUAAACAGAAGAAGGCGCAGGGCUCUUCAAAGUCUUCUGACACCAAGCAGGUGGAAGAGCAUAACCACAAUGUGGUUAUGCUCCUACAGAACAAGUUGGCCGAGACGAGUAUGACAUUCAAGGAUGUGCUGGAGAUUCGAACACAGAAUAUGAAGGAGUCCAAAGACCGAACAGAACAGUUCAUGUAUUCGACGGCGACGGCGGCCAAUCACGCACCAGCUAACUCGUACCUCUUCUCGAGCACACAACGGCAAGAUCCAAUGGGUGAUGGCUCAUCUGGUCGAUAUGACGCGAAGGGGAAGGGCAGAGCUACGCCAAAUGGCGAUAUGCUAGCGCUGGAUCUCGAUCAUGCAGAGGAGGGCGCAGGUGGACAGAACGGAGGUGGCGCUUUUAUGCAGAUGCAACUAGUGGAGCAGCAGGAUAACUACAUACAAUCGCGGUCGACUGCCAUUGAAUCUAUAGAGUCAACUAUUGCGGAGCUCGGCCAGAUAUUCAACCAGCUAGCUCAUAUGGUUGCUGAACAGCACGAAACAGUCCAGCGGAUUGAUGCGGACACAAUGGAUAUUGCGUCGAACGUGGGUGGUGCUCAACGAGAGCUCUUGAAAUACUACGCCAGUAUUUCCAGUAAUCGUUGGUUGAUGUUGAAGGUGUUCGGUGUGCUGAUAGUUUUCUUCCUUGUCUUUAUUUUGGUUUCAUGACACUCUUUCGACGGAUGGCUCCGUGUUCGUGUAUAUAUCGCAGGGCUUAUGCUCAUGGACUCUUGGACUAAUGGCUGCUGCAGAUGCAGUCGAUAUGCAUAUAGAUUCAUAUGCGUCUUCUCCAUGAAUUGAUCCGAGGGACUGAAUCUCUCUAAUUGCAAUUGCAUGCCUAUCAUCAUC